GUUUGUGGUGAUGAUGGAAAAACAUACAGCAAUGAAAGAGCUUUGAGAAUCACAGCAUGUAAAGAAGACAAACAGGUUGAUGUCAGUUACAAAGGAGAAUGUAAACGUCCCUGUGCUGGAUUUGUAUGUGCUGGUUUUAGUCAAGUAUGUGUCCCAUCAGAAGAUAAUACAGAAGCCAAAUGUACUUGUCCCAACUGUGAUCAUCGUGAAGAUGAACCUGUGUGUGGUUUGGUUGGAAGUCGACAGUUAACAUUUAAAAACAAAUGUGAGCUCGACAGAAAGGCGUGCUUGGUCAAUAAGAAGCCUUUCUUGCUGAGUGAGAGUGCUUGUGGAGGUAUUGUUUUCUCCUGUGUUCUAUUUUUUUUAUUUUCCAAAGCUUAUUGA